UUAUUUACUCCAGUCUCUACUGCUGCCUGCCUUUUCCACGUCGUCUACUGAUUAAUAAUCCCUAGUGUACCCGUCUCUCCUAUCUGGUAUCGUUGGGAAGGAGAAAACAUGAAUUUUUCAGUUGAUAGAAUUCCGCCUCCGCCUCCGUUUUUGAAAAAGCGGGAUGAUGAAUUGAAACUCAAUACAAAUUUAGCUGCUUUGAAAGUUUCUCUAUCGGUUGUGUGCCUUGUUGCAUACCACAGAGGUAGCGGAGAAAAGUGUUUUGCGUGCACCGGCACAAUUGUAGAAUGUGAAGGUGCAGCAGGAGAUGAUGGUAAAUUCGAUGCUACCAUAUUGACUUCUGCUUCUCUCCUUCACUCUUAUAGAGACCCUUCUCAAAUCACGGUUGAAGUACAUCUAUCAGAUGGCAGUUCGUACGAGGGAGAGGUUUCAGCUUUUGAUUUACACUACAACAUUGCUACCGUCAAGUUCAAGCCUGAUAAACCUCCUCAAAAAGCAUGUCUUAAAUGGAUAGAUGAUUCUAUGUCUUUACAACCUGAUAAUGAUCACAACAUGGUAGAGGCUAACUUUUUUAACCUUUGUCCCGGGGAUAAAUUAAUAGCUUUAGCCCGGGUGCAAGAUCAUCACCACCAGCUUCUUGUCAGUUCUGGUGAUUUCAGUAUUUAUUGCUGCGGAUUGGAUUGCCAAGAGCUCCUAAUGACAACUUGCGAGAUUACUACACAUUUUAUUGGGGGGCCUCUCAUUAAUUGGGAUGGAGAAGUCAUCGGGAUCAAUUUCUUUUGGAAGGGCCAGACUCCUUUUCUGCCAAUCAACAUAGCUUUUAGAUGCCUGGACCACUUAAAUAAGAAAAGGAGUAUCCCUCAUCCUUGGCUUGGGAUGGAAUUUACUAAUCUUUAUGCUGCUGACGUGGUCACUUUGGAGGAAAUAGUUCAAUUGUUCCCUCUUGUUUGCAAAGGGGUUAUAGUUGAAGAGGUAACGGAAGAGUCUCCUGCUGAUCGUGCUGAGAUACAACCCAAUGAUGUUAUAAUUAAAUGCGACAGAGAGGUGGUUAGCUGCUCCUUAAAGUUCUUUGGAAUGAUUUGGGACAAGGUUGGGAAAUCUAUGGAGUUAGAGGUGAUGAGGGCAGGUGUUUGUGGGCCUUUGAAGCUCGCUAUACUCGCCGAUGACCUUCUUCCAGACAGUUAUAACAGUUGGCCAAUUUAAUCGAGGAGAGGGUUUCAGGAUGACAAAUACAUUUGUUCUGGUGGGUCACUUCCUUGAGAUCAUGGAAGCAGGCUUUCCUGCUUUGCUUAUCAAAUGCCGCCAUGCAUAUAUAGUUUUGCAUCUUUUCUUUGCUCUUUUCCUAGCUAGUAUUGCAUCCUGUGUGAUUUAGCUUUACAAAUUGGGAAGCAGCUUUAUAUUUAUUCGAUUCUCUUCA